AUGAAGCAUAAUCGUGUUCGGCAGGUAUUCAGCGCGCUGGGCCAGAUCACAAGCUCCCUAAAUUCAGGCAAUUCGCCAGCUUCUUCGCUUGCAACAAUGGCCGUAGACUGCCAGCGUUGGUUUGCAUCGUCGGGCGCACCAGUGGUUACUGAAAAUCGGAUCCUGACGUUGGACAAGAUGAAUCCGCGCGUGAUCAAGAUGGAGUACGCGGUGCGUGGGCCGCUUGUCAUACGUGCACUUGCCAUAGAAAAGGAACUGGCACAGGGAGUAAAAAAGCCGUUUAAGAAUGUCAUCAAAGCAAAUCUUGGUGAUGCUCAAGCAAUGGGCCAAAAACCAGUUACUUUCAUACGACAGGUAUUAGCAUGCGUGUGUAAGCCAGAUUUGCAAUCUACCAGCAAUUAUCCGCCGGAUGUCAUCGAACGCGCUAAACUGCUACUGAAUGCAUGCGCUGGGCGCACCGUUGGAGCAUACAGCCAGAGCAAUGGUAUUGAAAUAAUCCGGAAACACGUGGCGGAAUAUAUUAUGCGGCGAGAUAAUCAGAUUCCAUCCGAUCCCGAAAAAAUAGUUCUUUCUCCUGGCGCUUCUGAAGCCAUACGAGUAUGGAUUUCACUCAUAUAUCAAACUAUCCUCACCACAAUUUUGAAAUACUCGUCAAGUACAAACGGCAACAGCCUUCUGCGGCUGCUGCCCGUAAUUUCACGCAGUCCAACACGGUACAUCACAUGUCAUAGCACGGGUGGUAUUUACAAAAACUAG